ACACUGGGAAGGGGAGGAAGCCCCUAUAUUUGGCAAAAUAAAAAUAUUAAAUUAUUAAAUGGGUUGAACUUGUUGUAACUUGGAGCAUAUCAUCCAAACCUUUUUGCCUCUUCAUUGGUGUCUUCCCCCCUCUCUCUCCCUCUCUCUCUCCUCCUUCUUGAAGUAUCAACUUUCAAUACAUUAUCCACUCUACUGUGUGCACAAAUCCAUGACUUCAUAUUCUUUAAGUGGCUAACAGGCAAACGAGUGGUCGGUGAAGGAAGAAGUGAGCAUCAUACUGCGGCUAUUCUCUUCAACUGCAAGUGCAAGUUCCGUUUUCCUUGGAAGCUCUUCCUAUACUUGACUCACUGUAGGAAGUCAAGACUUUUAUUUAAUUAUGCAUAAUAUUUUUGAUUUAACCCUCUGAUGCUGCUUUCUUCCUAGUACGGACAAAAGCUUGUCCAAUGUGUUUUGUCUUAUAAUUGCCUGUUUGUGUCUGUCUAGUUUUUUUCGUGAUUUUUCCUCCUCCUCUAUCAUCUAUCACUUUCUAUUAUUGUUCAAUUGGACUUUUACCCAUUCUUUUUUUCACUUGGCAUGUUAAUUUAAGUUUGGUUAAUUCCCCUUAGUGUCUCACUAUUUAUAUAUGUGCAAUAUUUAAUACAAGCUCAUGCCUUGCUCACUGCUUAAUUUUUUGUUGCUCUCCAUGCAAUUGUGAACCAUAUGGUAUAACACAUAGAAGGACUUUGAAGAAGUAGAAGUGGGGAGGGGGAAGUUGAAUUUUGUUAUUCUUUAUUUUAUUUUUUUUGUUAUGGACUGGAAUUUGAAAGCACCUUCUUGGGAUUUGGUGGAUCAUGUGGAUAAGGCAACAACCUUACAACCAAACAUAGGAACAAAGGAGGAGCAAAACAGAUUUGGAGUUUAUAGAAUGAAAGGGGAGUUUUCUGUUGACUUGAAGCUUGGUCAUCAUCAUGUGGGGAAUUCUGGCACUGAAUCAGCACUAGCCAACAAGUCCAAAGAUGCUGCUGCUGCUAGUGGUGCUGCUGCUUCUGCAGGAGUUUCCAAAAUGGCAUCUUCACCUUCAGGGUCUUCUAAGAGAGCUAGAACCAUAAGCAGCACAUCACUCACAGUGUCAUGCCUUGUUGAUGGGUGCAAUUCAGAUCUUAGCAAUUGUAGAGAUUACCAUAGGCGCCAUAAGGUGUGUGAACUCCAUUCCAAGACCCCAGAGGUCACAAUUGCUGGCCUCAAGCAAAGGUUCUGCCAACAAUGUAGCAGGUUCCAUUCGCUGGAGCAAUUUGAUGAAAGAAAAAGAAGCUGCAGAAAACGUUUAGAUGGACACAAUAGAAGGAGAAGAAAGCCCCAGCCAGAACCUCUCUCGCGACCUGGUAGUUUUUUGUCGAAUUACCAAGGCACCCAAUUGCUACCCUUCUCAGGUCCACACGUAUAUGCUUCCACUGCCAUGGUUAGCCCAGAUUGGAGUGGUGCACUUGUGACUUCCUCUGCAGAUGCUAGGUUGCACAACCACAACCACCACCACCACCAACAAGACCUUUUUCUCGGAUCUUCUCACAAAGAAGGGAAGCAAGUAGCAUUCUUACACAGCAACCAUCAUCCCUCCACACUCAGCAACCAAAACCCGCCACCUUUCCCAUCCCCUUCCAUCUGCCACACGCUUCUCAGGACCGGCCCUCUAUCAGAAACCUGCGGCGGAGGAGCGAAAAGCAAAAUGUUCUGUGAAAGCUUAACAACAACAACAACAACAACAGCAAGUAAUAAUAAUAACAACUCGCUGCAUGACACUAUUCCUUGUGCUCUCUCUCUUCUGUCAUCAUCACAGACGCACACACCAGGAGGGAAUGGUUUGAACCAAAUGGUACAGCAGCCUCCUCCUCCCUCAAUGUCCCUCAUGAUGCAGCCCUUAGGCCUUAGCUUGCAGGAUAAUAACAACAACAGCUUAGAGUCUGUGGAUCAUUGUUCCUCCAUGUAUAGCUUGGCUUCUGAUCAUCAUGGAUCCCACUGCAAUGAAGCAGCCCCUCAACUGUUUCCCUUUCAAUGGGAAUAGAGAUAAGGAUUAAUUAUUCACACUUUCUUUGUUCAUUCCCCUAAUGAAUUCUUUUCCCCCCAAGGACUAGUCAAUUAAUUCUGAUUUCACCCUCCCUUUAUAAUGAAGGCAAUGCGAUGCCUAUGAACAAUCUCAUGGUAUUUCUAUUUGUAUCUUCAGGAGAGAAAAAAAAACUCAAUAAUUUUACAUAAGAUUCAUAAUAUAUGGGAGUUGUAAAAGGAAAGUCUAUAUGUGUACACCUCUAAUGGGAAUAAUGUUAGAUGGUAACUGACAAAAUUUAGUAAUUUACAUGGUAAGUUCCAA